UUUGAAAGCUUCCCCUGUUAACGGCCUUCAGAAAGGUUGUUGGUGCUGGACCGUGGAGACGUAGUGUUUCGAUGCCCUCGGCAGUGGUGGGCAUUACUUGGGGACCCUCUGCGUCUGGGAACUGCCUUCUCCCCCUGCAGCUUCCCUGGUGGGAAGAGAGAGCUUUGGGGCUCUCUGAGCAGAGAGAUAUUCAGGAGAAGGCGCGUUCUUUUUCACUCCCAGAUCCAGUGAGGCAGUAGUGCUGAGCAGCGCCAGGGGAUGGGGGCUGGAUUGUAACAGGAGUCCUAGAGUCCUGAGCUGGGGGCUUGGCAGCUGGCUGGGCUUGGGUUCCAGAGCCGGGCAGCCCCAGGAGAGACUCUUAGCUGGGGGCCGUCUCAGGGUGCAGAGCUGUGGACCUUUGGUCAGAAUGGAGCUGGGGAUCCGUUGUCUAGCAGAGCGUUCAGGACUGCAGACCCUGACUGCCUGGGUACAAGGGGCACUUUGAACCUAUCCCACUGCAGACCUGUCUCCCCAUCUGUAAAAUGGGCAGGAACAGCAGCACCCAGCUCCCCUGUCACAGCAUGCGGUGCGUGCUCUGGGCUCAGGGGUGGUGGCCCAACAGCCCCACCCCAGGUGGCCAGGACCUUGAGAAACAGCAUGUUAAGUGACCCAGCCUUUUCUGAGUACUCAGUCCCACGUCAGGUGUUCAGGGGUCUGAAGGCUACUCACCUGUCCCUGUGCAGUCAGCAAGCCCAGAGGUUUGGGACUGGAUAGAGCCCUUGUUCUGGCAGCCACAACCCACUUGGGGCCUGCCAUCCAGGAUCCUUGGGAGUCUUGGGCCCUGCAUCAGGGCAGGCUAGGGAAGAAUCUACCCAGGGAGCCUUUGUUUUCGGGCAAGGAGGCCAAGCUUGAAUUAGCUCUGACAGCCUUUCUUCAAGCUCACCUUGCCAGGUGUCCUUUGGGGACACCAGGGAAACACUGGGAGGCAGAAGUGGCCCCUGGGGACUGUCUUGUUAGCUGCUGGCAAGUGGCUGAAGAAAUGGAAAUUGGAAGGACUGGUCCCCUCCUCUGUGUCCCCGCUCUCCCCCGUGGCUCCCCUUCUUUCAAGAAGCAUCUGCGCUCCCUGUUUGUCCAUUCCCCUCUUGCUUGUCAUUGGGAGCCCCGGGGGGAGGGGGAGGGGGCUGCAGCUGUGAGGCUUUCCAUCCUGGGACCUGGAUCUGUUCCUCCAGUCACUGUGGAGAUCACCUGCAGGCACCCCAGGGGCCUGAGAGGGAGAGAAGAGGGGUCCUAACUGCACUAUUAAUUCCUACCCCCAGCAGAAGCGGUGUGCUAGAAAACAAGGUACUGAGAGAGCCCCCCUGUAGUUUCAGGUCCCCUCAGACUGGGCUCCCUCGGGUUCACUGUGCUGGGUCCCGGCUCUGGUUGCCCUCCCAUGGCAUUGAGCUGAGGCUGGAGCCCCCUCCCCUCAUUCUGUUCACACCCCUCUUCUGUCCGGAAGCCUUGGCCUUGGCCGGCUCCUCCCUGCGGGCCUCAGCCCUUGCUCCUCUCUUGGGGUGGAGGGUGGUUCCGGCCUUCUGGGGCCUCCAGACUUCCUGCUAACUGCUAGGUCCCCACACUCCAGCGGCAGGUCUGGGAGGGCCCCCAUCCCACACGUCUUUCUCCCAGGAUGCCCUGCCUCCCCCGGUCUCCACCCGGGAAGCUGCUCCUGGCCUUCAUCCUUCCAAAUCCUUGAGACCUGGGACCCCCCCAACAACUGGACCCAACGGCAGGCGGACUCCUCCUCCUCUUGACCUUAACUGCAGGAGGCGCUUCCCGAGGCAGGGCCAUGCUCACGUUCAUGGCCUCUGACAGUGAGGAAGAAGUGUGUGACGAGAGGACGUCCCUGAUGUCGGCUGAAAGCCCCCCACCACGCUGCUGCCAGGAGGCCCGGCAGGGCCUGGAGGACAGAGAGAGUGCUGCCCAAUGGUUCCAAAAUACCCGUGCCCGGCACCGCAGAGCCCACCACGGGGGCGUGCCAUGGCCCUCACCGAGCGGUUUUCCGCAGAGAAGCCAGGAUAGCGAGGAGGACCUCGACGAGGAUGCCGACCGCUACAUGUGCAGUGGGGUCCCCGGGCAGCCAUCGGGCCUGGAGGAGGAGCUGACCCUCAAAUAUGGGGCAAAGCACGUGAUCAUGCUGUUUGUGCCUGUGACGCUUUGCAUGGUUGUAGUGGUGGCCACCAUCAAGUCCGUGCGCUUCUACACGGAGAAGAACGGCCAGCUGCCCUAUGGAGCAGGCAGGGAGCAGAGUCUGCAGCCCGCCAUCUCCCUCAGCAUCUACACACCAUUCACCGAGGACACGCCCUCUGUGGGCCAGCGCCUGCUCAACUCCGUCCUCAACACCCUCAUCAUGAUCAGUGUCAUCGUGGCCAUGACCAUCUUCCUGGUCGUGCUCUACAAGUACCGCUGCUACAAGUUCAUCCAUGGCUGGUUGAUCAUGUCCUCCCUGAUGCUGCUGUUUCUCUUCACCUACAUCUACCUCGGGGAAGUGCUCAAGACCUAUAAUGUGGCCAUGGACUACCCCACCCUGUUCCUGACUGUCUGGAACUUCGGGGCAGUGGGCAUGGUGUGCAUCCACUGGAAGGGCCCCCUCGUGCUGCAGCAGGCCUACCUCAUCAUGAUCAGUGCUCUCAUGGCCUUGGUGUUCAUCAAGUACCUCCCGGAAUGGUCCGCCUGGGUCAUUCUGGGCGCCAUCUCUGUGUACGAUCUCGUGGCUGUGCUGUGCCCCAAAGGGCCACUGAGGAUGCUGGUGGAGACCGCCCAGGAGAGGAACGAGCCCAUAUUUCCUGCCCUGAUAUACUCCUCCGCCAUGGUGUGGACGGUGGGCAUGGCCAAGCUGGACCCCUCCUCCCAGGGAGCCCUUCAGCUGCCCUACGACCCUGAGAUGGAAGAAGACUCCUAUGACAGCUUUGGGGAGCCCUCGUACCCGGAAGUCUUUGAGCCCCCCCUGCCUGGUUACCCAGGGGACGAGCUGGAGGAAGAGGAGGAAAGGGGCGUGAAGCUCGGCCUGGGGGACUUCAUCUUCUACAGCGUGCUGGUGGGCAAGGCAGCGGCCACGGGCAGCGGGGACUGGAACACCACGCUGGCAUGCUUCGUGGCCAUCCUCAUUGGUUUGUGUCUGACCCUCCUGCUGCUUGCUGUGUUCAAGAAGGCGCUGCCCGCCCUCCCCAUCUCCAUCACGUUCGGGCUCAUCUUCUACUUCUCCACCGACAACCUGGUGCGUCCGUUCAUGGACACCUUGGCUUCUCAUCAGCUCUACAUCUGACGGGGCCGGCAGCCAUGGGAGGCUGUCAUGGGGGCCCUCACGUAGUUCUACACUCUAGUGCCAUAUAUUUUUAAGACUUUUCUUUCCUUAAAAAAAAGAAAAAGAAAAGAAGUGUCGUGUUUACUUGGCGAAGAGGAAGAACCAACUUUCUGGUGCUACUGGUUUUGUCACCUGACCAUGGCUCACUGGCUGGAAGCACCGGGAGUUGGUCGGGACGCGCCCUGGACCGCUGGGCCACGUGGGGAGGGUGUGGCGAGGUCACCCACCCCACGCCACAGCCCAGGAUGCUUCGAGGGCCAAGCGAAGGAAGGGACCAGGAGCUCGUGCUCGGGGUGGCACCUAGCACCUGCCCGCGCUGGCAGGAGAAGAAAGCCAGUUUGCCCUGCGUGUAAUGUCCCCAACGCUUUGUCUGUGAUGUCAUCGUUAUUUUAUUACCUUUAGAAACCGAGUCCUGUUCUUGUUACAGCAGUUACUGCUGGGAAGUGGCUUAAUAUCAAUAAAUAGGUGAAUCUUCCUGGAA